CGGGACGCGCUUGGCCCUCUACGCGCUCCUCAGGGUUCAGCUCGCUCAGCACACCCGCCGCUGCUUCCUUAGCCUCCAGCGGAACCAGGCUGCUGCUGCCCUGGGCGAUCCUGCGCACAGCCCGCUGUGGAUCCUGUCAUUCACACUGAGGAAGGCUCAGAGAGACGCACAAGGGACCCGACGAGGAAGCGUCCAUCGCAUCAUUGCAGGAUGUUCUGGAAACUCUCGCUUACCUUGCUUCUUCUGGUGACUGUCCUAGUAAAGGUAGCUGAAGCCCGGAAGAACCGGCCCGCGGGCGCCAUCCCUUCGCCCUACAAGGAUGGCAGCAGCAACAAUUCGGAGAGAUGGCAUCACCAAAUCAAGGAGGUGCUGGCCUCCAGUCAGGAGGCCCUCGUGGUCACCGAACGGAAGUACCUCAAGAGUGACUGGUGCAAGACACAGCCGCUGCGGCAGACGGUGAGUGAGGAAGGCUGCCGCAGCCGCACCAUCCUCAACCGCUUCUGCUACGGCCAGUGCAACUCCUUCUACAUCCCGCGGCACGUGAAGAAGGAGGAGGAUUCCUUCCAGUCCUGUGCCUUCUGCAAGCCCCAGCGCGUCACCUCUGUCAUCGUGGAGCUCGAAUGCCCCGGUCUCGACCCACCUUUCCGAAUCAAGAAAAUCCAGAAGGUGAAGCAUUGCCGGUGCAUGUCUGUAAACCUGAGUGACUCUGACAAGCAGUGAACUCACCGGGGCAGGAUUCAGCUCAGCCAUGAGCGCCCUUGCCCCUGGGUCACACCACCACCACUUCUGUCGAGCUCACUCACACUCUGCCCGGUGUCCCCGUCAGCCGCAAAUGCGUCUCUUAGGGCUAACAGUGUCCUUGUCACAAAUGUGGACCGCAAGUGGAGCUUUGUCGACGUGUCCCAGACCCAUCCCUGGCCACACUUGUGUCUCCCAAUCCGAGUUGUGGUUCGGACACAGAAGAUGCUGGAAAACUCCACUCCUAGCAAUUAGACAGGACUUUUCAGGCGAUGCACUGUCAAUCCGGGAUUGACGUUUCCACCACGUGGAAAAGCCAGCCUUUCCCUGGCCACAUCCUACACUCCAGCUCCA